AUGGAUCAACAAGAGGAUGCAUGUCAAGAAUUUUUGGGAAUGCUCAAGAAAUAUGACAGGGUAGCGGCAGGAGACGCUGCCAAAUUCAUUGGAGAAUUCAGAGGCCUAGCGGACCUCAUGAAUUCAACCGAUGGUGAACUAAUCCUGGCAAUCAGAGAUCAAUUGCACAAGGAAAUUAGAAAUGUCCUUGCGGCCAGAGGAAGUUCCCAGUGGCCCAAGAAAUGGUCAGAGUACUGUGAUUACGUACUUGACAUUUGCAAAGACAUGGGUAUUCACCAGUCGGUAUCAUCAAUGGGACCCACAACCAAAGAUCCGAAUGCCAUGGAGGUGGAUAAUACAUCCAAGCAGAAGCAGUCUGGCACCAGACAGACUCAACAGCAAAGGAGCACUCCUGACCCAAGGAAGCGACAGGAGGGCAAUGCUUUGAGUAUGCAGGAAGUGCAGAAAAAGGGUGUAUGCUAUAUUUGCGGCAAGCCGGGACAUUGGGGCAGAACAUGCCCGAAUAAGAAAACAGGAGACUCUGCGGUAAAACCCGCAGCAGCAAACAUGACUUCUAAUACUGGAGUUAGCAAAGGGAAAUUGCCAGAUUUCUCUAAACCCCACGACGAUGAUUUGGAUGUAGAAAUUCAAGUUGUGCGAAAAUCUAAGGGAACUGGCAACCCUCCGAAACCAGUAAAGGCCAUUGAAGCGGCAGCAGUUGCAAAAGAAGUAACAUCUGGCCCUUCAAAGAAGAAACACCGGAAGGUCAACAUCACGAAGAUCGCUGAGCCUUCACGCUCGCCAAGUCCGUCUGGUCAUAUCUCGGAGAUUGACUCAGAUGAGGAUAACGAGCAGGGUUUUGGUCAACACCUGUUGUAG